UUGCAGCAUGCUGGUGGCCCACAUCAGGACAUACCGCCAGCAGCGGACAAAGCACGUGUCCUGGCACAGGGCUGCCCCUCUGGGUGAGCAUCCUGGCUCAGCCUGGAGCUGACAGGCAAGGAGGGAUCUCUGUGCCCAAGGACACAAUAAGCGGGCAGCCCAUUUUAUCACCUCCCUGCCACAAACUGGCUCAUGUCCGGCAAUGAACCCUCCCAGGCUGGCGCAGGACAUAUCCCAACCCCCAGCCUGGCUAUCAGUACCCAUUCUUAGGGGUGCCAACGUCAAACCGGAGGGUGGCACCCAGGCGCCAAGAACUAGUCUGUUCCUGGUCCUACAGCACCAGUCCAGCAGUGCCACAGCUCCGUCUUUCCCUGCAUUCAGUUCUUGCCACGAAGGUGCCGUGCCCCAGGGCAUGGCAGAGGAGCGGGCUGAGCUGUUGCUGCCCUGCGAUUUCAGCAGCGAAGAGUGGAGUCCAUCUGCCUUUCAUGGGGCUGGCAGUCACGGAACAUUGAGCAGCACCACGAUGUAUGGGCGCUACACGCAGGACUUGGGUACCUUCGCCAAGGAUGAGGCAGCCCGGCUGCGGCUGCACGGGGAGGGGGACACCCCCCGGCCCCGCCGCCCCUCCGAGCUGCUGGAGUACACCCAGGGCCGCUGUGCGCCCUGCCGAGUCUGCGCCUUGCAGUGCCGGCGGUUCCUCUUCUCCAAGGUGGGCGAGGACUGGGUCUUCCUCAUCCUCCUGGGGCUGGUUAUGGCACUGGUGAGCUGGGCCAUGGACUUUGCCAUUGCCACCUGCCUCCAAGCCCAGAAGUGGAUGUAUGGGGGCCUGGACACCAACGUGCUGCUGCAGUACCUGGCUUGGGUCACCUACCCCACUGUGCUCAUCACCUUCUCAGCCGGCUUCACCCAGAUCCUCGCUCCUCAGGCUGUGGGCUCAGGGAUCCCUGAGAUGAAGACCAUCCUGCGGGGCGUCGUGCUAAAGGAGUACCUCACCUUCAAGACCUUUGUGGCCAAGGUGAUCGGGCUGACGUGCGCCCUGGGCAGCGGCAUGCCCCUGGGCAAGGAGGGUCCCUUUGUCCACAUCGCCAGCAUGUGUGCAGCCCUGCUCAGCCGCUUCCUCUCCCUCUUUGGGGGUAUCUACAAGAACGAGGCGAGGAACAUCGAAAUGCUGGCAGCCGCCUGUGCCGUUGGGGUCGGAUGCUGCUUUGCUGCCCCCAUCGGAGGCGUCCUCUUCAGCAUCGAGGUCACUUCCACCUUUUUUGCCGUCCGCAACUACUGGCGUGGCUUCUUUGCCGCCACCUUCAGUGCCUUCAUCUUCCGUGUUCUUGCUGUCUGGAACAAGGAUGAAGAGACGAUCACGGCGCUGUUCAAAACCCGCUUCCGCCUUGACUUCCCCUUCGACCUGCAGGAGCUGCCUGCCUUCGCCGUCAUUGGGAUCGCCAGCGGCUUUGGGGGUGCGCUCUUUGUCUACCUCAACCGCAAGAUCGUGCAGUUCAUGCGCCGGCAGAAGACCAUCAACCGCUUCCUCAUGAAGAAGCGCCUGCUCUUCCCUGCCCUGGUGACGCUUCUCAUCUCCACGCUGACAUUCCCACCCGGCUUCGGACAGUUCAUGGCCGGCCAGCUCACCCAGAAGGACACCCUGGUGACACUCUUCGAUAACCAAACAUGGGCCAAACAAGGGCUCAGCAACGAGUUCGAAUACUUGGGCAUCCUGGAGGCCUGGCACCAUCCCCGCUCCAACGUCUUUGUCACCCUUGUUGUCUUCAUCCUCAUGAAGUUCUGGAUGUCAGCCCUGGCCACCACCAUCCCAGUGCCCUGCGGAGCCUUCAUGCCUGUCUUUGUUAUCGGAGCAGCCUUUGGACGCCUGGUGGGGGAGAGCAUGGCAGCCUGGUUCCCCGACGGCAUCCACGCUGACAGCAACACCUACCGCAUUGUCCCGGGGGGCUACGCCGUGGUGGGGGCAGCUGCACUGUCGGGCGCCGUCACCCACACGGUGUCCACGGCUGUCAUCGUCUUUGAGCUGACGGGGCAGAUCUCUCACAUCCUGCCUGUCAUGAUCGCCGUCAUCCUGGCCAACGCUGUGGCCCAGAGCCUCCAGCCCUCCCUCUACGACAGCAUCAUCCGCAUCAAGAAGCUGCCCUACCUCCCUGAGCUGGGCUGGGGCCACCACGAGAAAUACAAUGUGCGGGUGGAGGACAUCAUGGUGCGGGACAUUCGCUACGUCACCCUCAACUGCAAGUACCGAGACCUGCAGCACGUUCUGCACAGCACCAAGUUGAAGAGCCUGCCGCUGGUGGAGUCAGCCGAGUCCAUGAUCCUGCUGGGCUCCAUUGAGCGGACGCAGGUGGGGGCCCUGCUCAGCCACCAGCUCAGCCCCCAGCGCCGGCUCCAGGCCCUGCAGCAGAAGGCGCUGGCCGAGAACGGGCACCGGCUCUCCGAUGCCAGCAUCCGCUUCCAGAUCAGCACGGAGGCCUCGUCAGGCACCCCUGCCCGCGCCACCCCCCGCAAGCCCCUGAAGCCAGCUUUGAAGAGGGUGCCCAGCGGCCCAGCCGAGAGCCCCCCAGCUGGCACCACCGACCACUCCGGCAUCGCCCUCAAGAGCCUCUUCUGCGCCAACCCCACCGCAGAGCCCAUUGAGGCCCAGGGCACAGCCUAUCGCAAGGCCAAACAUGUCCGCAUUUCCAUCGUGGAGGAGAUGGAUCUGGGUGACAGGAUGACCCCGGCAGAGAUCCUGGAGUGGGAAGAGCAGCAGCUGGACCAGCUGGUGGACUUCAGCAGCGCCAAGAUCGACCCUGCACCAUUCCAGCUGGUGGAGCACACCUCACUGCACAAGACCCACACCAUCUUCUCACUGCUGGGCCUGGACCAUGCGUAUGUCACCAGCAUCGGGCGCCUGGUGGGCAUGGUGUCCCUCAAGGAGCUGCGCAAGGCCAUCGAGGGCUCGCUGACAGCCAAGGGGGUGAAGGUGCGCCCACCACUCGCCAGCUUCCGUGACAGCACCGCCAGUGCCGGCGAGCCCGACACCACUGCCCUGCACCAGCUCUGGGACCGCCACCAGCACCACCCCAUGCCCCGCGAGGCCAGUCCCGGGGGUGAUGAUGACGACGACAGCCCCAAGGGACAGUGAGAUGGGGGUGCCCCCCCCCCCGUCCCCAGGGCCCCUGGC